AUGAGGCUCCAGAAUCAACUGAGUGUUGUCCUCGGACUAUUGCUCUCAGCAGCAGUGCAAGUCGGAGCUCUUAAGUCUUCCGAAUGGCGAAAGCAAUCCAUAUACCAGGUCGUGACAGAUCGUUUUGCUCGGAGCGAUCUGUCAACCAGCGCGCCAUGUGACACAUACCAGCAGGUCUACUGCGGCGGGUCAUGGCAGGGACUGAUCUCGAAGUUGGACUAUAUUCAGGGAAUGGGAUUCACUGCUGUCUGGAUUUCACCAGUCGUCAAGCAGAUUGAUGGAGUUACUAAAGAUGGGUCUUCUUACCAUGGCUACUGGGCUUCGGAUAUUUGGUCCUUGAAUCCCUCAUUUGGCACAGCAGAUGACCUCAAGGCGCUCUCCAAAGCACUUCAUGACCGCGGCAUGUAUCUCAUGGUAGAUGUGGUCACCAACCACAUGGCGUACUUGGGCUGCCGCUCGUGCGUCAAUUAUCGGGGUUUUAGUCCUUUCUCUUCCCAAUCUUACUAUCACUCCCCAUGCACCAUCAAUUACGAUAACCAAACCUCGGUUGAGACAUGCUGGCAGGGAAGUGAUGUUGUCAGGUACGUUUUUCCGUCACUCGAUGGGCUUCGAAUCGACAGUGUCAAGCACGUUGAGAAGUCCUUCUGGCCAGGAUUCGAGUCCGCUGCCGGCGUGUACGCAAUUGGAGAGGUGUUCCAAGGGGACCCAGCGUAUCUAGCCCCAUACCAGAGCUACAUCAGUGGGCUCUUGGAUUAUGCAAGCUAUUAUUGGACAGUAAAUGCAUUCCAGUCGACAAGCGGCAGUAUUACUGCGCUGGCCAACGGCAUCAACACACUCAAAGCUGCUGCGAUUGACCUUAGUCUUUAUGGGUCGUUCCUCGAAAACCACGACCAGGCGCGCUUUGCGCAUAAGACUAGUGAUAUGGCAAUUGCCUUUACGAUGCUCAAAGACGGCAUUCCGAUCAUCUAUCAGGGACAGGAACAGCAUUACGCGGGCAGUGAUACUCCAUACAACCGAGAGGCCCUCUGGCUUUCUGGGUAUUCAACCAACUCAAACUUGUAUACGUGGAUCAAGAAGCUCAAUCAGCUUCGCACCCAUGCCAUCAGCAAAGACGACAGCUACCUCUCAUACCGCGCAUAUCCCAUCUACUCCGACAGCCACACCAUUGCCAUGCGCAAAGGAUCCUCUGGCAAGCAAGUUGUGGGCGUCUUCACCAAUGUCGGGGCCUCAUCCUCCACCACCGUCACUCUGUCUUCGCAGCAUAACCGCCACACUUUCUGGCGGGCUCCCGAGGAUCCUAUAUCCGACAGUGGUUCUGAGCGGCAGUGCGAUUUGUUCUUCACUGUCAACUCCCACUUCAACCGCAAGGCUAAUGAAAAUACAGCAUCAUCAUCCUGUGCUGCCACCGCGGUGCCCAUCACCUUCAACGCGCUGGUUAGCACGUCCUAUGGCGAGACAGUCAAGCUUAAAACAUCGUAUAGAACGGGCAACACGGCAGCUCUCGGUAACUGGAAUACCGCCAACGCCGUGACGCUGGGCGCAUCACAGUACACCAGCAGCAACCCGCUGUGGUACGCAUCUGUCAAUCUCGCGCCGGGUAGUGUUGUGCUGUACAAGUUCAUCAAGGUGAGCAGCUCAGGGACGGUUUCGUGGGAAAGUGACCCCAACCACACGUAUACCGUGCCUUGCGCAGCCGCCACGGUGUCUUCGACCUGGAGGUGA